GGAAGGCUGCCACAGCGCGUUCUCGCUGCGACCCCUGUCAGCGGACCGCCCUGACCAACUAAAACUCAGUAUCGGAAUCGUCCACGAUGGACGACUCUGCACACCUCCGGCCCCAAGACAACGCUGCACCACCAGAUGGCAGCACCAGCAGCCAGCGAGGAAGCCACCACCGCCGCCGGGACGGGAUUGACCUCGGCAUGACGACUUCACGAAGAUCCAUCUCGCCUGUGACUCGGUUGUCAGGAUCCGUUCGUGAGCGAGACCAAGAGCGAGCCGGCGAACCUCACUCCUCAAAUCCUCCUCAUCAGCGUCGCGGCCGGUCGGUCGAGCCAUCGCACCCUGGUUCCCAGAACCGUCGCCGUGACCGGACCCGAAGCCCCGAGCGUCGUAGCGGCCGUCCACCUCAACCAUCUCAUCGCUCCCGCCGCAGUCGCCGAGACCUUUCUCGUGAACCUGCUCCCCGUAGAGAGCCUCGUGCCUCGCCCGCACGCCCUUCCGCAGCCACCCGCUCCUCCCCACGGCCUGGAAGGGAACGUCGCGAAGCCGCAGAUUCUCACGUUCGCCGACGUGCAUCUCGAUCUCCAGCCCCAAGCAAGCGUCAGCGAAGCCCUAGCCCAUCGCUUGGUGGUGACUCUCGAUCGAAAAAGGCCCGGCACAGCGUUAGCCCAACGAGACCAGACAGAAUUGAGGCGCCGAAAUCUCUGCGGCCAAGAGACCAUCGUGGCCCUUCCCCCCGACCACCCCGCGACCACUCACCUCGAUCCCGCGACCGGCGUUCGAAGCACAGCAGACGAUCGGGCCGCUCCAGGUCCUGCAGUCAUCCUCGCCGACUAAGGUCUCGAUCAUCCCGUGGCAACCGUCGCGCUCGCGCCCUAUUCGAGAGCGAUUCUCGCCGCAGGAGCCGGUCCCCCACGCAUCGACAUCGCUCGCCUGGCCCUGAUACUCGACCUGCUCGAAGUCCUCAGACGUGGGGCAGCCGACCGCCGACUUCAUCCGAUACUGGAUCGCGCCGCAGACCAAGCCCUGCCCAAGAUUCCUCGCGUGCGCCCGACAAACCGGCCCCACUUACUUCCCCACGUGAAAUUCGGAGUUCGAAAAAGAACGAAAAAGGACGAGGCAACGACGGUCCGCGGUCAUCCAAGUUCGACCCAGCUUCCGGCGCUAAUAGCAUUGAGGUGAACAUGGCGGCCAGAGGCGGCUACCGCGGAGGUCACAACCCCCAAUUGCAAAGCGGAUUCCCCAAAGGGCAGUAUGAUACCCGCGGCUAUGCCCAAUCUCCAGGCCAUGGAACCCCGAUCUCUUCAUUUCACGGCUCUCCGACGGCCCAGUCGCCGUAUGGCGGUGCUGGACGAGGUUGGAACAGUCAAGCUCAUUUCUCUCCUCAGGGUAACCAAUUCUCGCCGCCGUAUCAUGGUGGUUAUGGGCUUCCCACUGGGCCGCAAGCCCAUUAUCAUCACCCUGGCCAAGCACAUUCGCCUCCUUAUCCGCCGACUGGCCCUUCCUCUCAAUAUCCCUCGGGCCCGUACCGUGGCGGUUACAGGGGCGGCUCGUUCCGGGGUGGACCGUUCUCCCCCCGAGGUGGCUUACGAGGUGGCUUCAAGAGUGCACAAUGGCACGCUCAAAGUAGUACUGGACGAAGCCAGCUUGGGCAGGCUGAGGAGUUGGAACCGUCGUCCGGCAGCCAUGCCGAGCCUCCCUCGGACAAGGGUGAUGUCUCGACGGUAGAGAGCGACAACCCUUUCAGGCCAUCCAAAGACUUGCAAGUUGAAGACACGAGCAAGGUAGAGAAGCCAACGGAAGACGAGAUGCCACCUGCGAGCCGGCAGCCUCCAACUGGGCCGCAAUCCUCAACACCUAAUAAGUUUAGUUUUAGUAUGAAAAAUGCGGCAAAACCGACCGUGGCGGCGCCAAGGCCCGAGAUAUCGUCCAAAUUCAAUGCCGCUCCGACAUCGCGAGAGCCUCCAAGCAAGCCGGCCCAGAAACCACCCCCAACGAGGCCCGAGAGAGACCGAGGCGGCUUUCCCAAGAAUGCCCCCACGGAACCCGCGUCUGCACGAUCACGUCCCGGCAUUCCCAGCGGUCCCAGCGACCGUAGGCCGCCCGAGCCGAUUAGGCACCCAGAGCCGACCCCGAAAACACGGAAAGUAAAGAAGAUCGUGAAGCGUCUGAAGGAGAAGCCGACGCUUCCUCGGGAUCUGGCCGCCUCCAAGUCUGUGUUCUUCAGGAAGCCAGGCAACGAGUCAGUUGUGGGUUCGGGCACGUACGGCAAGGUCUUCAAAGGCCUGAACGUAUACACCAAGAAGCUUGUGGCACUGAAGAAAAUUAGAAUGGAAGGCGAGAGGGACGGCUUCCCGGUCACAGCUGUGCGGGAAAUCAAGUUGCUCCGCUCGCUCAGCCACAAGAAUAUCGUCCAGCUACAGGAGGUCAUGGUCGAGGCGAACGACUGCUUCAUGGUGUUUGAGUACUUGUCGCACGACUUGACCGGUCUCCUCAACCACCCGACCUACACGCUGGAGCCCGGGCAUAAGAAGCAUCUUGCCCAGCAACUCUUUGAGGGUCUUGACUAUCUUCACACUCGAGGCGUCCUACAUCGCGACAUCAAGGCCGCGAAUAUCCUGGUCAGCAGCGACGGCAUCCUCAAGCUGGCUGACUUCGGCUUGGCGCGGUUCUACGCAAAGCACCACCAGCUCGACUACACCAACCGUGUCAUCACCAUCUGGUACCGGUCGCCGGAGCUAUUACUGGGAGAGACGCAAUACGGUCCCGCAGUGGAUAUCUGGAGCGCGGCCUGCGUGAUGGUAGAAAUAUUCAACAAGCGAGCCAUCUUCCCCGGGGAUGGCAGUGAGAUCAACCAGUUGGAGAAGAUCUAUUCCAUCCUUGGGACGCCCACCAUGAAAGACUGGCCGAACCUGAUAGAGAUGCCCUGGUUCGCUCUCCUCCGGCCUACCUACCGGAAGCCAAACGUCUUCGAGGAAAAGUACAAGGAGCUGCUGACACCUGCCGCCUUCGACCUGCUCAUCUCGAUGUUUCAAUAUGAUCCGGAUAAGCGCCCCAGUGCCGCCGAGGUCCUGAAGCACCCAUACUUCACAACGGAGGAACCCGCGCCGCGGCAGGCCGUUGAACUCAAAGACAUUGGCGGCGAGUGGCACGAGCUAGAAUCCAAAGCGCUCCGGAGGGAGAAGGAGAAGAAGGAGAAAGAGCGCGCUCGUGCCGCCCAGCAGCAUUCUGGUUCAAGGGAUGAAGGCCCCGAAAGCGUCAGCAACCGCGACAGGGAGCGUAAACGGCCGAAUGAAGGCGUUGAAGCACAGCGGGAGGCAAAGCGGCCUCAUAUUGACGCGAAUGGCAGCAAAAGCCAAGUUGGAUGACAUCAGUCUGGAGCGGCCUCCAAACAAAACUUUGGGAAAGAGUGGGCUUGCGGAUCCUCAAGGGACCUACCGUCCUCGGAACACUAAGAGCGGAGGAGCGCCCCCUGGGAGUUAUCGGAGCUAUGCCGGGCGUCUGGAUGUUCACCAGACAUUGCCGUGACAGUCAGCACGGCGCAAAGAGAUGGGGCCAACAAGGUCGAUGACAGGAAAAUCUAGAUGUCCGACUACGUGUAUUACUAUACGAGGGGGAUAACGGCCUUUUACAUGUCCACCCUUUGGUCGCAGACACC